CGAUAAUGCAAAAAGCGAAAAAGUGAGAGGCUGAGGCAUUAGGUGGGGCAGCCUUCUUCCAUGGAGAUCGUUGCGAGCUCUGUGAAUGCUUCCUUUUCUCUCCCUUCUUCUUCUCACAACUUUUCCAUUCCUCAGGUGCCACAGUUAAAGUGUCUUUCUUUAAGAGUAAUAGAAUCUAGGUUUUCAUUGACACAUGGGAAGAAUAAGAAAGGUGUUGGUUUUACUAAUAGGGAUUGUGGAAAUGAAUACUCACUUGUUGGGGUGGCACCAUGGAUUAGUAGUAACAAGCUUUUUCCACGGUCCUGCUUGUUCCGAUCAAGUUGGAGUUUCCUUGCCAGAAGGAGGAAACGGAAGAGUGUUAUGAAGCUGAAAGAUUUUUCAUUUGGCUUAAAACACCAUGCUUCGGUUUUAUUUGUGCGGUUGGUUACCGGAGUGAUGUUGGUUAUGUCAAUUUCUUUGGCUUCCAGCAAUCCAUCAUGGGCCCUGACUGAAGAGAAUCUUCUCUUUUUGGAGGCAUGGAGAGUAAUUGACCGGGCAUAUAUCGAUAAAAGUUUUAAUGGACAAAGUUGGUUUAGGUAUAGAGAAGAUGCUCUGCGCAAGGAACCAAUGAACAAUCGAGAAGAGACAUAUACGGCAAUAAGAAAGAUGCUAGCCACAUUGGAUGAUCCCUUCACAAGGUUUCUGGAGCCAGAAAAGCUCAGAAGUCUGAGGUCUGGAACUCAAGGCGCUCUCACUGGAGUAGGCAUUUCCAUAGGCUACCCUACGAAAGCUGCAAUGCCAUCUGGUGGACUUGUUGUCAUUUCAGCUUCUCCUGGCGGUCCUGCAUAUAGAGCUGGUGUUUCGUCGGGAGAUAUAAUUCUGGGAAUUGAUGAUACAAGCACAGAAAACUUGGGAUUAUAUGAUGCAGCUGAACGCCUACAGGGACCUGAAGGAAGCUCUGUAGCUUUGACCAUUCGAAGUGGUUCAGAUGUAAAGCACCUAUCCUUGACGAGAGAGAAAGUAUCAUUGAAUCCAGUUACGUCGAGGCUAUGCAAGACACCUGCUUCAGGAAAUGAUUCGCCAAAAGUUGGCUAUAUCAAACUAACAUCUUUCAACCAAAAUGCUUCAAGUGCUAUCAAGGAAGCAAUCAAUACAUUAAGGAGUGAAAAUGUUAAUGCAUUUGUUUUGGACCUUAGAGAUAAUAGUGGUGGUCUUUUCCCUGAAGGAAUUGAGACUGCCAAAAUUUGGUUGGAUAAAGGUGUGAUUGUGUAUAUUUGCGAUAGUCGGGGUAUCCGAGACAUACUCGAUACAGAUGGAAGCAACGCACUAGCUAUUUCAGAACCCCUAGCUGUACUGGUGAAUAAGGGAACUGCAAGUGCAAGCGAAAUCUUAGCCGGUGCAUUGAAAGAUAACAAAAGGGCGAUAUUGUUUGGAGAACCAACAUUUGGAAAAGGGAAGAUCCAAUCAGUUUUUGAGCUGUCAGAUGGCUCCGGACUAGUUGUUACAGUUGCUCGAUACGAGACACCUGCACACAUAGAUAUCGACAAGGUUGGUGUCAUCCCUGACCAUCCUCUACCAACAUCAUUUCCUAAGGAUGAGGAUGCAUUUUGCAACUGCCUUCAGGAUCCUGCAUCUUCUUGCCAUGUCAACAGGGUUCAACUAUUUUCAAGAUGAGGCUCAUUUUAUUUUAUUUUCUUCUUAAUUUUGUGUAUUAAUUCUUUUAACAUGGUAAUUCUUUACCAUAACACUAUGUUGUUGGGUCUCGUUAAUCAAGAGAAGGGACAUUCUUGCCUCAAA